AUGAAGAACCGCUUCUCAACAUUGGACCUGCAGGUCCAGCUCGCAGAGCUCAAGCCCCGGCUGACUGGCAUGCGUGUGGCCAACAUCUACGAUAUUGACAAUAAGACAUAUUUGAUCCGCCUCCAGCAAACGCCGGAGAAAGCUGUCUUGCUCAUCGAGUCUGGCAUUCGCUUCCACACGACCGAGUAUGACUGGCCCAAGGGUGACGCUCCUUCUGGCUUUACAAUGAAGUGCCGCAAGCAUUUGCGCACGCGCCGCCUGACGGACAUGAAGCAGCUUGGCGUCGACCGCGUCAUAGACCUUACUUUUGGCAGUGAUGAAGCUGCAUAUCAUCUCAUUAUCGAGCUGUAUGAUCGGGGUAACAUUAUCUUGACAGAAUCAACUUACAAUAUUCUGGCCCUGUUGCGUCGGCGAACUGACUCUGAGGAUGUCAAAUUCGCGGUUGGGGAGCGCUACCCAAUCGAAGCGUCAAAGCAGCCUUCCCCAAUCACUCGUGAGCGCCUCGAGGCAGCUUUUGCCUCAAGCAAGAAGGGCGACCCGGCGCGCAAAGCAUUGAAUCCCAUCAUGGAAUGUGGUCCCCAGGCCAUUGAGCACUGCAUGCAGCUGCAUGGCUUUCCCAACAAUGCCAAAGUCGGCAAGGGCCUUGCCAUUCCAGAUGACUUGGAUCGCGUGUUGGCCGCGAUGAAGCAAGCUGAGGAUUUGCUUUUUGAAAAGCUCAAGGCUGGUGAUAUCUCAGUAAGCGCAACGGUCGUUCAGUACUUGCCCAUUGACACAAUCCGCCUGGCGGAAGGCGACGAAGCCCCAGUUCUUGUUCUGGAUGACGUGAUUCCCUUUAUGAUGAAACAGUUUGAAGACCGGCCCCACAUUCAUCUUCCGUCGUUUGAUCGCGCCAUUGAUCGAUACUUUUCCGAGCUUGAAACCCAGAAGUUGCAGAUGCGCGCCAUGCAGCAGGAGGCUGCCGCUCUUAAGAAGCUCGAGGCUGUCAAGGCCUCACACGAGAAACAUGUGGAAGGUUAUCGACUCGCGCAAGAGGCCAACGAACGCAAGGCCCAGGUGCUCGAGGCGAACCUUGAGCAGGUGGAUCGUGCCAUUGAAAUCAUUCGCAGCAUGGUGGCCAACAAGUUGGACUGGGUGGAAAUCGCGGAGCUGGUGAAGGAGGCACAGCAGCAGGGCGAUCCUGACGCACGCAUUAUCGAUGGCCUCAAGCUGGACAAAAACCACAUGACCAUCCGUCUUCCCAACCCCGAAGCCCAUGCCGAGUCUUCCGAAUCUGAUUCGUCCAGCGCAAGUGACAGCGAGGAGGAGGAGGAGGAGGAGGAGCAAAAGGCCAUUGCUGCUGCAUCAAAGAAGCGCGGUACAUCGUCAGCGACUGACCCAUUCUUGACCAUUGAUCUGGACCUCGCCUUGACGGCCUACGCCAACGCUUGCAACAUGUACCAACACAAAAAGAUAUCUGCGGUCAAGGAGCAAAAGGCGCGCGAUGCCACAGAACUGGCGAUUCAGUCAGCCGAGCGCAAGACGCAGCAACAACUUCAGCAAAAUAACGUGACCACCGCGGUGAACAAGCAGCGCAAGAUUUAUUGGUUUGAAAAGUUUCUUUGGUUCAUCAGCUCCGAAAACUACCUCGUGAUUGGCGGAAGGGACCGGCAGCAGAACGAGAUUCUGGUCCGCCGUUACUUGAAGAAAGGUGACGUCUACGUACAUGCGGAUCUACACGGUGCAGCUAGCGUCAUCGUCAAGAAUCCACGCGGCGGGGACGUGCCUCCAAUCACGCUCCAAGAGGCCGGCCACAUGGCUGUCAUUUACAGCGGUUCCUGGGAGGCGCGCAUGCCGACCAGCGCGUGGUGGGUCCACCAUGAUCAGGUUUCCAAGACAGCACCAGCCGGCGAGUACUUGAGCACGGGCAGCUUUAUGAUCCGUGGAAAGAAAAACUACCUGCCGAAGGUCGAGCUUGUCAUGGGCUUUGCCAUUCUUUUCAAGGUGGACGAGGGCUCGGUGGCUCGGCACGUCAAUGAGCGACGACCCCGUGGGUUGGGUGAGGCCUCUGAAGCGUCGUCUCCCGCCGUAUCCCGACCGCCCGAGCCCGUCGAGGCGUCCUCAAGCGGUGCAGGGGACGCCUCGCCAGUUGCUGCUGAAAGCGAGGCAGGGGAUUCUACCGCCACGCAGAAUAAAAACAAAGCCGAGAGCCAGCCAGCUGGUACUGCUGUGGUUGCUCCAGAAGUCCCGGCUGAAUCCUCUUCUGCAAUGUCCACAGCGGCGGCCAUGGCGUUUCCAGACACGGAAAUUAGUGUCGACUACGCAUCAGCCACGCCGAGCGCCAGCGUUUCACGCACGGUAUCCCACGCCCAAUCAGAGGCUGACACUGCAGUGCGCAGCCGAAUGCAGGGAAGCAAGGCGCGACUGAGUGCCAAGCAGAAGCGCCAGCUCAAGAAGAAAGGCUACACGCCAGCGCAGAUGAGCAGCUUGACCGCCGCGGAGCUGCAAGAGCUGACUGGGGAGAGUGGAGAAGACAGCGAAGGCGAGGAUGAUCAGCGCAACGAACACGCCCAACAGCCCGCGGUGCGCGGGAAGCGUGGCAAGAAGAAGAAGAAACAGCAAAAAUAUGCCGAGCAGGAUGAAGACGAACGUCAACUGCGUCUCGAUCUUUUGGGGUCUGCUGGCCCACAGCUGAGCCGCGCUGAUAAGCGGGCGCGUCGCAAGGAAAAGCUUGCCGCCAAGCAGCAGGCAACGCGUGAUCCUUCUGAGGCUGUGCUGCAGCAAAUCAGCUCUGUCACAGAUCGCAUCAUGGCCACAGCCGAGUCAGUGGGUCUGGUGACCACUGAGCAGACAUCGAAGCAAGAGAAGAUUGAUGAGCAGAUUCAAGCCCAGGAAGAGGAUCAGCUGACCUACUUGGACGCCCUCACAGGCUUGCCUCAUCCUGACGACGAGCUGAUGUUUGCCCUGCCCGUGGUUGCACCAUAUGGCGCGGUGCGGCAAUAUCGCUUCAAGGCCAAGAUCGUUCCCGGCGAGCAGAAGAAGGGCAAAGCUAUUCGAUCCCUGAUUCACCACUUUUGCACGGAGACUGGGGCGUCUUCUGCGGAGGUUGAUGUGAUCAAGGCCAUCAAGGACCUGGAACUCUUCCGCUCCGUCCCGGGCAAAAUCAAGGUCAUGGCG